GUUUUUCAUUAAAUUGAGCAUGCCUACUUGAAAGUGAUUGUGAACUGUCCUGAUGAUCUGAAAGUGAUUGUGAAUUGUGAUUUUCCUGUUAACUUCUGCCUGUUUUGUCUCCGAUGUGAUCAUGUUAUUCAUGACCCUGCUAGUGGGGGAGGUUAUAAACGCUAGCACAUGUCGACAUGUUAAUGAGAGAGCCGGUUCGUUCAACCCAGCUAGUGGGGGUUAUACACCAGCAAAUCGUGGCUCUGCUAGUGGGGAUUAUACACUGGCCGUGACCUAUAGAGGAGACGUCUAUUUCGUUCCCGUAUUGUAUCCGUUUUGCGUGAUUGCACAUGUGGCAUGCUAUAAGUUUAAAUAAGGGGCACUCCAUAUUUACUUACUGAGUUUAUCUCAUAGUUUUCCUUGUCCACCAUUUCAGGAAAUGAAACCGAGGACAGGGAAACCACGGGAAGUGACGAGUUAGAAGGCUACCAAUUUCGAGAUUGAUUUAGAUACUAGAGAUCGUGAUCUUGUAAGCUAGAGUGUAUUUGGAAAUUUUAUGAUAUCAGAGUAAAUUUUAAGAUUUGAUCAUCAGAUUUUGUGUGGAUUGUCAGAUGUGAAUUUGAUAGGUUCUGAGCCUUGUGCACUUGUGGGACUCGUCUCACGAGUGCACGGCGUCUGUUGCGCCUCGAAUUUGGGUUUUGGGGCGUGACACAAAUAUUCCAUACAAUAAAAAAAACAAAUAAUC